CCUCCUUCCCCCAACCCCAACCCCACCUCACGAAUAAACGUGACUCCCAGCCCGCCCGCUCCCCCCCCAACCCCCUGAAAAGAAAUGUGAUUUUCGUUCGUGAUUUGAUGCGUCGAGGAAUCAUUCCAACAUGAAGCUCCUGCUGCUCACAGCCGCCCUCCUCCCACUGGUCUGUGGCUUUCACCCGGAAUGCAUGAUCAAGCGAGACCGAGAGCGAUGUCUGAACAGGCUGAUCGAGGAAGAGGGGUACGCCGACCCCCAGCUGGGAUGUCUUGGCAUGUGGGAUAACAUAACUUGCUGGCCAUACACAGUGUACGGAGACAUUAUGUCGGUCAAUUGUCCACUGUUCUUCAGGAUUAUCAACACUGACCAGGCUUUGGAGCUUAUCUAUAGAAACUGCACCGAGGAGGGCUGGUCCGAAACCUUCCCGCAUUACUACGACGCUUGCGGGGUUGACGACGACAACGAAACCGAUGUGGACGAUCAGGGUUUGUACUUUGUGUCGGUCCAGGCACUUUACACCGUCGGCUACAGCACUUCCUUGGUGUCCCUGGCAACGGCUAUGAUCAUCCUUUGCCGGUUUCGGAAGCUUCACUGCACUCGGAACUACAUCCACAUGAACCUGUUCAUGUCCUUCAUCCUCCGAGCCAUCUCGGUCUUCAUCAAAGACGCCAUUCUGUACUCAGAGGAAGAUGCCAACCACUGCUCCAUCUCCACGGUGCACUGCAAAGCCAUGAUGGUCUUCUUCCAUUACUGCGUGAUGUCCAACUACUUCUGGCUGUUCAUCGAAGGUCUCUACCUCUUCACUCUGCUCGUCGAGACCUUCUUUCCGGAGCGAAGAUACUUUUAUUGGUACAUCCUCAUCGGAUGGGGUACCCCAACGAUCUGUGUGACCAUUUGGACCAUCUUGCGUCUGCACGUUGAUGACUCUGGAUGUUGGGAAACAAAUGAAAAUCGGGCUCUCUGGUGGGUCAUAAAGGGACCGGUCAUCGGAUCAAUCAUGGUCAACUUCAUCCUGUUCAUUGGGAUAAUAUUUAUUCUCGUUCAAAAGCUGCAGUCACCCGACAUCGGAGGGAAUGAAUCCAGCAUUUACUUCUGUGUGCAGAAAUGCUACUGUAAGCCUCAGAGAGGUAAUCACCAUGUUUGCAAGAUGUCAGAACUAUCCACCAUUACCUUGAGGCUGGCCAGAUCGACUUUGCUCCUGAUACCUCUCUUUGGGAUUCACUACACGGUCUUUGCGUUUUACCCUGAGGAUGUGAACACGAGGGAACGCCUGGUGUUUGAGCUAGGAUUAGGAUCCUUUCAGGGCUUUGUCGUAGCCGUUCUUUACUGUUUCCUCAACGGGGAGUUUCUCCCUGAAGGUACAGUCUGAGAUCAAGCGCAAGUGGAGAAGCUGGAAGGUGAACCGAUACUUUGCUGUUGACUUCA